AUAAGAACGGGUCAGAGUGAUUUCAUCUGCUCUCUCUUUCACAGCGCAAAACCCUCAAGGGUUGCAGAACCACAGCUCGAGAUCGACUGUGAAAAUGACGUUUAGGUCAAAAGAAAUGAUGAAGACGAUACUGAAGAAGAUAGGGGGUGAAGGAAAUCUAGCUCCUGGAGUGAAAGAAUCCCUGAAAAAGUGUAUUCCAGACACCAAAAUCAUCAUGGGUCGUGCCCACCGCGGCAUCUUCGCCGGCCGGCACAUCCAGUUCGGCAACAACAUAAGUGAAGACGGUGGCAACAAAACAAGAAGACAUUGGAAACCAAAUGUACAAGAGAAGCGACUAUUCAGUUACAUCCUAGAUAGACACAUUCGCGUAAAAGUGACCACACAUGCCAUCCGUUGUAUUGACAAAGCAGGCGGUAUCGACGAGUACUUGCUUAAGACUCCAUAUCACAAAAUGGACACGGAAAUGGGUCUUUUUUGGAAGUCAAAAAUUGAAAAGAUGUAUGAACAUCUUGGGGAGAUGGAAGUGGUCUUCUUCUCCCCGGAGGAUGAAGCCAAUUUUGAGGAGCAGUUCAAACAGGCCAGACAGCAACAAAGAGCAGCUCGACGAGAAUCAAGGAGAAAAUUGUUUGUAGGGUCCGGGAAAGAGAAGGAUGUUGCUGAAGAGAAUGGAGCAGGCGAAGGCAGUGACAGCGAAGAAGGAUCUCAACCACUUCUGGCAAAUUCUUGAGCGUUUUUGCCUUGAUUAUAAUGUCAAAAUGCUUUGACCUCGGCUUUGUUUGGCCAUGAAUUAAGAUUACAGAGGAUUAUCUUGCUUUAGUUUGUGCUGGAUGGAGUAACAAUAAAAGAAAAAUCCAUUUAGUGAGGCUGUUUUUCGCCAUUACUGCAGCAUUUGGCCAUUUUAUGUAUUUGUUUUUGUAAUGUUAAACAUUUUCCAUCAAAACUUUUAUAUUGACAUUGUUUUCUAA